CUGCUGCCUCCCUCCAUUGAGUAAUGCAGCUGGGCUAAAGAGGGAAAUAAGAAGAUAGGGGGUAGAUAAAAGGGUUGGGGGAAAAAAAGAGAGUGUGAUUUUAGCUGAGAUUUCACAGAGGCGUCGGAUGGAAAAGCAUCCGGGUCCUUUAUGCGUAAACCCUCAUGAGCUUUACUUUGUAAGAACACAAAGGAGCCGAGGAAAGAUGGACAAGAAAAGGACAGAAAACCAGAAUCUGUGUGAGAAGAGGUUGAGGGUGUGCGUGGCAACCUGCAACAGAGCGGACUACUCCAAGCUGGCCCCCAUCAUGUUUGGUAUCAAAUCCCACCCUGAAGAGUUUGACCUGGAAGUCGUGGUGCUUGGCUCACAUCUCAUUGAUGAUUACGGGAACACUUUUCGUAUGAUCGAGCAGGAUGACUUUGACAUCGGCUCCAAGCUCCACACCAUUGUGAGAGGAGAGGAUGAGGCAGCCAUGGUGGAGAGUGUUGGGCUGGCGCUUGUGAAACUCCCUGAUGUCCUACAGAGGCUGCGCCCUGACAUCCUGGUCAUCCACGGUGACCGUUUCGACGCGCUAGCUCUAGCAACUGCCGCAGCACUGAUGAAUAUUAGAAUACUUCACGUGGAGGGAGGAGAGGUGAGUGGUACAAUCGAUGACUCAAUCCGCCAUGCCAUCAGUAAACUGGCCCAUUACCACGCGUGCUGCACACGCAUGGCAGAGCAGCACCUCAUCGCCAUGUGUGAGGACCACUCUCGCAUUCUGCUGGCUGGCUGCCCUUCAUAUGAUAAGCUGCUGUCAACGCAUCACAGAGAGGACUACAUGGAUAUUAUCAAGAGCUGGCUGGGUGACAAGGUGCAGGAGUAUGACUACAUAGUGGCUUUGCAGCACCCAGUUACCACUGACAUCCAGAAGUCCAUUAAGAUAUAUGAGCUGAUGUUGGAUGCCCUGCUCUCCUUCAACAAAAAGACCCUCAUCCUCUUCCCUAACAUUGAUGCCGGAAGUAAAGAGAUGGUGCGUGUGAUGCGAAAGAAGGGUAUCGAGCAGCACCCCAACUUCCGGGCAGUGAAGCACAUUCCCUUUGAGCAGUUCAUCCAGCUUGUGUGCCGCGCCGGCUGCAUGAUCGGAAACAGCAGCUGUGGGGUACGAGAAGCCGGUGCCUUUGGUACGCCUGUCAUUAACCUGGGAACAAGGCAAACUGGCAGAGAAACAGGUGAAAAUGUUCUACAUGUCAGAGAUGCCGACACGCAGAAUAAGAUCUACCACGCUCUGGAGCUGCAGUUUGGAAAGCGAUACCCCUGUUCUAAGAUUUACGGUGAUGGCAACGCAGUACCUCGUAUUAUCAAGUUUUUACGUACUAUUGACCUGGAUGAGCCCCUCCAGAAGACUUUCUGCUUCCCCCCGGUGAAAGAUUCCAUCUCCCAGGACAUCGAUCACAUCUUGGAGACACAGAGCGCCCUGGCUGUUGACCUUGGAGGGACCAACCUGAGAGUGGCCAUCGUCUGCAUGAGGGGUAACAUAGUGAAGAAGUACACUCAGCCCAAUCCAAAGACCUACGAGGCCAGGAUGCAGCUCUUACUAAAGAUGUGUGUAGAUGCCAUGCGGGAUGCAGUCGGCCUCAACUGUAGAAUACUUGGUGUUGGAGUGUCUACAGGCGGACGUGUAAACCCACAAGAGGGGGUGGUCCUACACUCAACAAAGCUGAUCCAGGAGUGGUCCUCAGUGGACUUGAGAACGCCCAUCUCCGAUGCCCUGCACCUACCCGUCUGGGUCGACAAUGAUGGCAACUGUGCUGCGUUGGCUGAGAGGAAGUUUGGCCACGGCAAGGGAGUGGAGAACUUUGUCACUGUCAUCACAGGAACAGGUAUUGGAGGAGGGAUUAUCCAUCACAAUGAGUUGGUCUAUGGCACUACCUUCUGCGCUGCAGAGCUUGGGCACAUCAUGGUUUCAUUAGAAGGCCCGGAGUGUUCGUGUGGCAGCAGAGGAUGCAUAGAGGCCUACGCGUCCGGCAUGGCUCUGCAGAGAGAGGCCAAAAGGCUGCAUGACGAGGACCUGCUGAAGGUGGAGGGGAUGGAAAUGAAGCUUUCAGAGCCAAUCACCGCUGGCCACCUCAUCAACGCAGCAAGACUGGGGAACUCCAAAGCCGAUGCUGUUCUGAACAAAGCCUCCACAGCACUAGGUGUGGGUAUUGUUAACAUCCUCCACAUAGUGAACCCUACGCUGGUGAUUCUGUCUGGAGUCCUGGCCUCUUACUACCAGGCCCCCGUGCAGCGUAUCAUCUCUGAGAGAGCGCUCUUCUCUGCCCAGAGCAUCAAGGUUCUCACAUCAGAGUUGGAGGAACCUGCUUUACUUGGAGCAGCUAGUAUGGUGUUAGACUAUGCAACCAGAAGGAUUUAUUGAAAGACAUAGUCCUGAUUUACUUAGGACUGCUACCGACAAGAUGACUGCCAAACUUAAAGUAGUACCUGUGCUGCCCAGAUAGAUAUAUAAGCAUAUCUAGGGGAUAUAUUUUGAAGGCUGGGGUGAAAGACAAUGCAUUCAAACCAUCAUGUGUUUAGUUUUAUUAAUUGUUGAUGGCUACAAUGAAGGUAGUUUUGUUUGUGGUGUCCACAAAAAUACAAAUUCUCCAGCCUGUGAGGUAACUGGCAAGUUAAUGUUACAUUUCCAUGUUUUGUUAUAAAUUAAAUUAUUGAAGGUAUUUUGGGGCACUGCUUUAAGAUGAUGGUUUGUUUAGUUGGUGGUCCUGAAGGCUUUAGGGGUCAUAAAUAGUGAAAACAAUAUGCUGUAUUGACUUAUGUUGACAAUAAUGCAAUGUUAAGACAGCAACUGCUUUAGUCUAAUAGCUGCUACAAUAUUAUGAGGGCCAGAGGGGGAAUCUUUUUCCUGAAUCAGAUGUUUUUUUUACAUGUCAUUACCACGGACCUUAUGAAGAUUUGAACUGAUUUUGAAGCAGUUUUUCUUCAUGCCUUCCGAAGACAUAUUUGAUCUAAUAAAAUAUGUUUGUAUGUACUAUUACAUACUGUAUUGUACAUUACAUGCUAAUUUCUUUGUAUUUCUUUUUGGUUUAUGUCCAAAUAUAUACACAGUUUUGUUUUAGAUAUACACAAAAAGUCAAGCGAGGAUAUGGAUGUUCUGUAGAGACCAAAAGUAGUUUUCCCAUAACAGAGUUUACUUUUAACAGUGACUUCAACAUUUCUCAGUGUUCAAUCAUAUAUGCCUCCUGGAUGUUUAAACUGAAUGAAGUAGCACAUAACAAUGUUCAUGGAAAAAAGGACUGUAAAUGGGACUUCUAUGUUGAACCUACAACAAAAUUGCAGUAUCUGAAUCUUCCACUAUAGUCCCUACUGCUAAAUUUAAAGUCAGUCUGUUGUCAACCCAGUCCAUUUGAUAUUAUAAUAAAUGUUCCUCACCAUUAUUUUAAUGAUAUGAUUUUUUUUAUGCCUGAAUUAUAAUCAUAAAAGAUUGGAUUACAAAAAUAAAAAAAGAUUCUGAGGGGU